CUGCCUGCUCGCAGUUUUUAUAUUAGUAGACACCUGUAUUUUGCAAAAAUGGAGCUUACUGGGUCUUGCUUCUGCCGUCGCUUGGCUUACAAGCUGGAACUGGACUCGCCUGACGAUGCUCGAACGUCGGUUUGCCAUUGUAAAAACUGCAAGAAAGCAUUCGGAACUACCUAUGGCUUGACUUCGAAGGUUGCUAAAGACGCCUUCAAAUAUACGAAAGGCACCCCCAAAGAGUUCAAGGAUGAAGCCUCAGGAGUCACCCGGGAAUUCUGCGACCACUGCGGGAGUUAUAUCCUCGAAUACGGGGAACAAGUCCAACAGAGUUUCCGAUACAUCUGUGUUGGUAGUCUAGAUGACCCUGAAGCACUCCCUCCGAAGGGCGAGUUCUUCUGCAAGUCAAGGGCGAGUUGGAUGCCAGAAAUUCCGAAUGUCUUCCAUAAACAGGAGAUCAAGGAAUAGCGGUCGUAUGGAUGCGGGCAAGAUGAGAGGGCUGGGCCCAUAGUGACCUAUUCUCGUCAGGAUAGGGCGAUACCAAUGACCCUCGAAUUCGAGCGUCUUUGUAUAGAUUAUCCGCGUAGAUUAUCUGCAAUUUAUUCUU